AAUAGUCGGCAGCAGUGCAUUAAUUUCACAAUCAGUUGAUAAUUUCCUAUUUCUGGCUAGAAACUUUAUACAUUUCAGUCAAGUCUCGAAUCAGUUGGUAAGUGUAAUGUAACACACGUUUUCUAUGAAACCCUUUUUUGAGGUUUUGUCGAAUUGUUAGACCCCAAGACUUUGAUCGAAACCAAAAUGUCGCGUGAUGGCGGUGCAAGAGGAAGACGCUAUAGAGGAGGUGAUAGAGCUACCGGUGGCAGGAGAGAAAAGUCUGAUGUCUUCUUGUCCAAGGGUUUGUCUAGAAUAUUAAGACACAAGGCCUUGGAAAUGGGGUUCAGGGUGCAGCCAGGUGGCUUUAUCUACAUUGAUGAGAUCCUGCAGAAGUCUUGGCUAUCCAAGGAUGGAUACACCAUUGAAGAUGUUCAGCGGGUUGUGGAGGUUAAUGAUAAACAACGCUUCAUGAUGCAGGAGAAUAAAGACACAGGCAGAUUAGUAAUACGAGCCAACCAGGGGCACUCUUUCCAGGUUCCUGAUCUUGAUUUGACACCCAUCACAGAUCCAUCCCUUUUUCCUGAGGUAAUCCACGGAACAUACUCUAAAUGUUGGAAUCUGAUAAAAUCACAGGGCCUAAAGCGAAUGAACAGAACUCACAUUCAUUUUGCCCCAGGUGAGCCGGGUGAGGACGGAGUCAUCAGUGGGAUGAGACAAAAUUGUCAAAUCAUUAUAUUCCUUGACAUACAGAAAGCAAUCUCAGAUGGUAUACCAUUCAGUUUGUCUGCCAACAACGUCAUACUUAGCCCGGGAGAAGGAGACAUGGGGUGCAUACCACCGAAGUAUUUCAGUAAAGUCAUUCAGAAGAAACCGCACAGACAUGCGCUUGAAUUUGAUAAAGGAGAGUGAUAGGAGGCCAACUACAGACUGUGCCAAACUACGUCAGAUAUUCAUUGCUGCCAUUUUGUUAGCCCUCAUUGAGCUGUGAUUGACUUAGGAGCUCUUUAACUGCUAAAUGUCCUGGUUUGUCUAAAUCGAGAACAAAAGUUGGGAUACAAUAUAUUUGUAUUGAGACUAUUUUUUUAUUGUAUAACAAUGAAUAAAUGAAUGAAUGCAAGAUUAUCUGGUUG